ACUUCGGCCUGCAGCUUUGAGUAACAACGUUCCUUAACAUCGUCUUGUAACCGCAAAAAUGGCGAGAUUCUACAUCAUUUUCGCUUGUUUCGUCGCAAUGACCGUUGCUGAAAAGAGUCAAGCAUCCGAUAGUGACUUAGAAACCGCCGCUGGAGGACAUUUCUCAUCUAUUUCUGUCUCAGAUGGUGGAUACGGAGGCGGAUAUGGAGGAAGCGGAAAAAAUACUUACAGCGCAGGCAGUGGAUUAAAAACCAUCGCACAAGGAUCAGCCGAUCAAGCCAACAACGCCGUAGCCAACCAACAUGCCGCAGCUAGUAACGCAGCUUUUGCUGCAAAAAGCACUUUGGCACAAGCAGCUGCCGGAGCUGCAGCCACAGCACAAGCUGCCUUAAUCGGAAAACACAUUUUAGUACAACGUCUUCAACAAGACGUCGCAGAAGCUCACCAAGAACUCGAAGCUGAAAUUCGUCAACUAGAACAAGCUCAAAGGUCAGCUUCUGCUGCUCAAGCCGCUGCUAAUCAAGCCCAAGAAGCUGUUAACGCCAUUAACUCAGCUUUAAACGCCGCCCAAGGAACUUUGGCUCAUGCCCAACAAGCCGCAGACGCUGCCCACGCUGAAUUGGGAUCCCAAGAAGCUAUGGUUGGACAUGCCAAACAACGAUUAUCGUCUUUGGGACAACAACUUCAAGCUGCUCAAGCUGAUCUCCAUGUCACCCAAGCCGCUGCCCAACAGGCCGAAGCCGCCGCACAAAUUGCUCAAUCUAAUGCCGCUCAAGCUGCGGAAAAGGCGCAAUCUGCUGGAUUAGAACACGGAGGUGGUAUUGGAGGAGGAAUUGGAGGACACAUUGGAGGAUACCACUAAAAAUGUAAACCAGAUAUUGUUGAUUUAAUUAUAAAAAAAUAAAGUAAAAUGAUGAAAGCAUA